CAUGAAGCAUCUUGUAUCAAUUUUUCUUUUUGGGACAAGAAUCUUUCCAUAUUUAUAGGUAAGUGAGAGUUGUACAAGAAUGGAAGGACAUAUUCAAAAUGGGCGUCGUCCAGCAAAAAUUUCAAAAUCCUCUGGGCAGACCAAAGCCCAGAAAACGGAUGAUUCAAUAAUGGGUGUAAGUUUUUGGUACUUGAAUAACCUCUCAUGUGUGAAUGUUAAUGCAAAUUAGACCAAUAACAGCAGCAUUGUUUCCAAGCGCAGCGUGGAACGUCUUUACUUCCCAGAUGAGCCCCAUUUUUUCCGUUAUUUCGUCAAGAAACCCCUGAGGCGAUCCCCUCUUAUCAAUCGUGGAUAUUGGCUACGCAUGAAAGCCAUAGAUCAUGUGGUGAAACAGUUCCUAGAGCAGAGAUCCGAGAAACAAAGGGUUGUCAUCAAUCUGGGAUGUGGAUAGUAGGUUUUGAAAACUCGACUAUACAAGCGGUUCACUGAUUACCCAAAGUGAUCCCCUUCCUUGGCAAUGUAUGAGUAGAUAUCCUACAGCUUCUCAAGAUGCGAAGUUCAUCGAUAUCGAUUAUAAAGACUUAAUGGUCAAGAAACAAACAGUUGUCCGAAACACAUCAGAGCUCAACUCCAUGCUCACUAACCUGAAUAUUACUCAAGACGGAGACAUAUUGCUUAGUAGCGAUCAGUACUUGCAACUAGGAUGUGAUUUACGAGAUCUCAAACGGCUGGAAGAAACUAUAUCGAAAGUUGUGGAUAUAGAGAAAUGUUCAUUCUUAUUUACAGCAGAGGUUUCCAUCACAUAUAUGCCUACCGAGUCGGCGGAUGCAUUGAUACAAUGGGCUAAUAAACUUCCAGACGGUAUAGUCUCAUUCUUUCUUGUUUUCAUGCAUGUAGAACUAAUACUUUCCAGCUCGUUUUUGUCUCCUAGAACAGCUACUUCCAGAGGGAAUAAGCCAUCCAUUUGCUCAAACUAUGAUGGCACACUUUGACAAACUUGGCACACCCUUGGGUGCAUGCAAAAAGUAUCCAACUGUCACUGCACAAGACACACGUUUUCGCUCUCUGGGGUGGCCAUCGGUAUUAGUACGCAAUCUAUGGGAGCUUUGGGGUGCUGAAGGGUUCUUAGACUCUAAAGAAAGAAUCGCUUUAGACAGUGUCGAGCCUUUCGACGAGUGGGAGGAGUUCGCUUUGUUCGGAUGUCACUACCUUUUACUCGUUGCUGAUAAUACUAGUACAAUGCAUCAUCAAGCGAUGCAGGAGGGCUGCGAACCAACGUUGAAUGGCUCCGGGGCUAAAGACACUAUAAGCACAUACUCCGAAUAUCCAAAAGCUCAAGGCCAACGCAGGUUUGCUGCCCCACUUUCCGUAAGGGCUGGGAAUAGAGGUCAAGAUGCUAUUGGUAACUUUUCCGGCAUGGGCCUUAAUACUCGAGUGAGUACGUGUGAUGUUUACUCCACUGAUGAUACUGGUUUCACUUCAUUCAAUUAUCAAGGUUCUCAUUCUUGGCCAUCGAGCCGUAUGUGCCACACUAUCACGGAAAUCGGCGAUGGUGCAUCUCUACUAAUUGGAGGUCGAACAUCGCCAGAUAAUGCCAUAGUUGACUGUUGGAUUUACCAUAAAUGGUUGAACAUUUGGGAGAGAGUUGAGGAUCUUCCACGGCCCAGAUAUCGCCAUUCGGCUGCCCAUUUAGGCAAUGGCUAUGUAAUGGUGAUUGGUGGCAAAAGUACCUCGAAGACUCUGGUUGAUGAUGCCGUGAUCUGGAGCCGACAGCGAGGAUGGGUGAAAUGCAGUAUCAACUCAAACCAAAGGCCCCCUGCUUUCUUUGGUUCUUCUCUUAUCGUCUAUCCUAAAACGUUUUCUCAUCCUCCAGUAUCAAGGUCUGGAAUUAUGGCUGGUGGCAUAACUGAAGACGGACUGGUUCAAGAAAAAGUCCGGGAAUGGGAUAUAUCUCAAUAUAGAGCUGAGGUAAAGUUUAGAACUAAGUCACACUGUUGCUCUUCUUGACUGACUGCUAUACAGCAACCUUCCAUAUCAUUUAAAAUUCUGGACAGUCCCAAUACAAAGGCUGAAAAUGGCGCAACUCUUGCUCGUUUUGGCGCACAAACGCUGGUUCACGAAGACAAUAUUGUCGUAUUAGGUGGUAUUGUGAAAGAUAUACUACUACCUUUCGCCAACGAGAUAUGUAGUAGUAAUAUUGAAAGCAUGUCGAAGACUGAACGUGGAGUCUGUUGUUCAAGUGUGUCAACCAGUCUCGAACCACGGCCACUUCUUAUUGGUACUUCUGCUGUCUCAAGCGGUGAUGAUAUCGUUAUCAUGGGUGGUUCAGCGGUGUGCUUUUCAUUUGGAACAUUUUGGAACAAAGGCUGUUAUUCAUUAACCGUGAAGCGUUCUGAUAUCUCGGAAGCUAGCAAUGGUGUAAUGUAUGAUUCUUUGCGUGGGCCAUGGAAGUUUAUGCGCACCAUUGAUGGAGCUCCUUCCCCUAAAACAAUAUCUACCAGUCUUCUCAGCGCAACUCCAGGAACUCAAAGCUUGGUCAAAGUACCACGGAUAAAGCUCAAGUCGUCUAUGGAAUUCGACAAAAUCCUUGAUGCAGGCAAACCUAUCAUCCUUGAAGGACUAGAUACUGGUGUUUGCGCCAAAGAAUGGACCUCUGACUACCUAAAAGAUAAAGUUGGUGCUGAUAGAGAAGUAGUGUUUUCCCAUUCUUACAACAAAUUAUCUCUAACUAUUUGUAGGUUAUUGUGCAUGAAGCAUCGACAGAGCAUAUGAACUUCAGUUCGAAAAACUUUACAUAUGUAACGAAGAAAUUUGGCGAUUUCCUAGAUGAGGUAGAGAAAGGAAGUAAGCUCUAUCUGCGAUCAUUAUCUGCAGAAAAGGCAUCGGAACUCCCUGCCGAUAUUAUGAAAGAUUACCCUUCGAUAUCCGCCGACUUUCAACUACCUCCAGAGUUGGCAUCCGUUACGCAUAACGCACAUAGCUCCCCAUUACGUAUUUCUGGACCUGUCAAUAUGUGGUUACAUUAUGAUGUAAGUUUAUCCUGUUACCUAAUCACGUUCAAGCCAAGUGCUGAUAAUAUUAGGUUAUGGCCAAUGUUCUCUGCCAAGUUAGAGGUUCUAAACGUCUUCUACUUUUCCCACCCUCCGAUGUCAAAUAUUUAGAUUUCGCCCCAGGUGCUUCAAGCUCAAGUAUCAAUGUUUUCGAGAACCUCAGUGAUCCCAAGCUCUCACAUACUCAUCCACACGAAGUCAUGCUUCAACCAGGUGACAUACUCUUCUUACCUUCACUCUGGCUACACACAGCCUCACCUACCUCUGGCAUAAGCGUAGCUGUCAAUGUAUUCUUCCGAAAUCUCCGCAAUGGAUACGCCGCGGGAAAAGAUGUAUAUGGCAAUCGAGAUUUACAAGCAUAUGAGAAAGGUAGACAAGACAUUGCGAAGGUGAUGAAGUCUUUCGAGAGCCUACCCACAGAUGUUCGAGAAUUCUAUUUGCAGAGGUUGGCAGAUGAGUUUAUGCAAAUUGCAACAUAAGCAUUGCUGUUGUAUGAGUUUCGGCUAGAUGACUGAUGAAGAGACGGAGUCAUGCCGUGGAGCUGAAGUCAAAGAUUUUGUGAUAUAUACCAAUUCAAGACACAGUGCUCUACUCCCUCCCAUGGACGAGUUGAUAUUGAUUGUUGAAUGUCCAA